CCUCUACGUGUUUUCAUAAACAAACCACAUAUUUCUCCCGCCGGGGCCACCGCACUGUCAUCAUCCUGUCAGCCUGCCAACAUUGUCAGAUUCCUGCUUCUGUUUUAACGAAGGCCGUGGAGGGGCUUUGCAAGCUGGUUCACAUUCAAAGCAGAGACGCGGGUAAACGACCAGAGGCUGUCUGUGUUGUCUUUAUUGUCCGAGCCGUCAGCGCGUGGUCGACUGUUGGAGCGAGCUGACCACAUAUACCUGCUUUUAAUAGAUGCUUUUCAGCUGUCACUGACAUUGGUCCGCUGUGUAGACGGUGAGGAGCUUCCGUAUUAUCAGACAUGGUGAAGCUGACAAAGGCCAAGACGUUCCAGGCUUACCUGGACUCCUGCCACCGUCGCUACAGCUGUGUGCACUGCCGCGCCCAUCUGGCCAACCAUGACGAUCUCAUCUCCAAGUCGUUCCAAGGCAGUCAGGGCCGAGCCUACCUCUUCAACUCUGUGGUGAACGUCGGCUGUGGUCCUGCGGAGGAGAGGCUGCUGCUCACAGGACUUCACGCAGUCGCAGACAUCUACUGUGAAAACUGUCACACCACGCUGGGCUGGAAAUAUGAACAAGCCUUUGAGCUGAGUCAGAAGUACAAGGAGGGGAAGUUUAUCAUCGAGCUGUCCCACAUGAUAAAGGACAACGGCUGGGACUGAGAGGGAAAUCUUGCUUCAUGACUUUUUCAAAAGUUGCAUCCCCUCGACUUAAAAGGGUUCCAGUGUAGCUUCCUCAUCCUGCGUACGAGCCAUCGCUGUGCCACACUUUCACUUCGUACCAAGAAUAGCAUGUGAUGCCUUUUAUCUUUUUCCGUUCUUCAUGUUUUUCCAGCGACCACAACAACACAUUUGCUGAUAUUGCUAUCCCAAUUGCUAGUUGUGCUGGGACAUGGACUGAAUGAGUGCUGGGUUUGUGUGAAAGACUGGGACAUGUAGUCACAGAGGCACGUGUGUGCAUGUUGGAUUUUAAAGCGUGUGUGUGAUGACCGCUAAACAGUCUCGCUGUGUGGGGGCGAGGCAAGGGCAAGACAAAUAAUUUGACCUUUUACACAUCAGAUGCAGGUAUUUGGGUUUUUUCUUUUUUGACUUUAAGUUGUACUUUUAGACAUAUCUAUCCCAAAAUGGGCAAAGUAUUUUAGCCCGUUUAACCCGUAGAUCAUUGAAGAGUGAUGGAAUAGUAUGAGAAGCAGUGGAAGGGCUUGUUUUUUUUUAUCAGUGAAAUUCAUGUUUUUUUUAUGGUAAUGAAACAGUGACACUUGUUCAUAUUUUGCUAAAUGCAAUCUGGAUGUUGAAUUAGUGUUAAAGCCUGCAAAGGUCUCCUGCAGUGUGUGUGUGUGUGUGUGUGUGUGUGUGUGUGUGUGUGUGUGUGUGUGUGUGUGUGUGUGUGUGUGUGUGUGUGUGUGUGUGUGUGAGCAUUAGCCUGGGGUUUACAUCUAGAGUUUCUGCUGCACAGUUGGGAUAUUUUCACUUUUACUUCAUGCUGAUGAGAUCUGUCCUACAUGGGUUUGUGUAUAUAGCCUAACACGGAGAUCCUACAGAUACAUUUACUCAAUCGUGUUAGAGCAAAGUGUGAUUAGGAUUAUGUAGCAUAUUUAUGGUGAUUUUUAAUGUCUGCUUCUUUCAUUAAAGUGUAUUAUUUUAACCUAAUCUUUCAUUAAAAAUACAGUGUGUCUGUAA